AUAAGAAGAAUCAGAUCGAUUCGAUCACGGUGAAGUGGAGCGUACUUUAACAAUUCGUGUAACAAUCCUGUCUAAAUUGACUGUUUCUGGAGGACUCCAUAGGCGAUUUUGUGCCAUCAGCCUCUGCAGCUCUACAUCCCUAACCUGACAGCACUUAAAACUUGUACAACUUGUUGCUUUAUGGUCUAGGUAGAAGCUUUCUUGUAGAAUUGGGUUGUAGAAUCGAGUUGUUCGUGUUUUGGAGGACCAAAAUUGGCGACUUGUAGCAGAAACGCUGCUGAAUCAGGAUUUCCUCUCUCACUGUCUCUCUCGAUCCAAAUUGCAUGAUUGCCUUUUUUUCUGAUUUGAGAGUCUCUGAAGCGCGGAGGUGCCUUCACACACAUACUUUGCUAUUCAUUUCUUAUCCUUGUGACCUGCCGAUUAGUUGUUUAGUUAGCCCGCCCGCGUUAAAGCCAUCGAUUCUGAGCUGCUGAACGUGACCUUUGUAAGCUAGCCGAUUUACGACGCCUUUCUCGCUAUUCAGCCCAUCGAGCAUAUCUGCCUGCUAUUGUUGAGCAAAAAAGAAAACAGAGAUGGAUAUGGCAUACCUGAUAUCGCUGUUUGGGUUUAUCACGAUCGCUAAAAGCUUCCUCCCCCCGGAGUUGAACGACCUCCUAAUGAAGUGGUGGGUGAAGCUCAUUAGGCCCGUGAAUCCAUACUGUAUUUUCCACAUUCCGGAGGUGGGAUCGAAUAAGCAGAACGAUCUCUAUCGAGUUGUCCAACUUCACAUGAGAGCCGCGAAGCUGAGCAAAGAGGCCGAUGAGCUCGUGCUCUCCCGUGAUGAGAAUGACAAGGAAAUCACAUUUAGCUUAGCAGCUGACGAGGUUGUGAAAGAAACGUACGAGGGUGUAACAGUGUGGUGGUCUCACCGCACCGAGAAAAGUGGCAAGGAUUCCGACGAGUUUGAGAAAAGUUCGUUCGAGCUCAAGAUGCGUAAGAAAGACAAGGAAUUUGUAAUGACGAGGUACCUCGAUUUCGUUACUAAAAAUGCAGCAGAGUUCAGGCGUCAGCUCCGAGAGCUCCACCUUUACAGCAACAUGGACUGUUUCUGGGAACCCCACAACUUCAAGCAUCCUUCUAACUUUGACACCCUUGCAAUGGAACCUGAACUCAAAGCAAAAGUUAAGGCGGAUUUAGAUGCUUUUUUGAAGGGAGAGCAGUUCUUUCACAAAGUUGGCCGAGCAUGGAAGCGUGGUUACUUGCUAUAUGGACCUCCAGGAACUGGAAAGAGCAGCAUGAUCGCCGCAAUUGCGAACUACAUGAAGUACAAUGUCUAUGAUCUGGAGCUCACACAGGUGUACGAUAACAACGCUCUCAAGCAGCUCUUGGUGAACACCACAAGCAAGUCGAUCAUUGUCAUCGAAGACAUUGACUGCUCUCUUGACCUUGCCGGACAACGCAAAACGGCCAAGGAACCCAAGGUUGAUAGCAACGACGAUUCUAAAAGCUCCGUGACCCUGUCUGGCCUCCUCAACUUCACAGACGGAUUGUGGUCAUGCUGCGGAGAUGAACGUAUCAUCAUCUUCACCACUAAUCACGUUGAAAAGCUGGACGCAGCAUUGCUGCGACCCGGCCGCAUGGACAUGCACAUUAACAUGAGCUACUGUCAAUUCGAGACUUUCAAGGCCUUGGUGAAAAACUACUUAGGAAUAGAUUCCCAUCCUUUGUUUGAUACUGUGAAAGCCUUGCUGGAGAGCCGGAAGCUAAUCACUCCUGCACAAGUAGCAGAGCACUUAUUUGAGAACAGAGCCGAUCCGGACGCCGCGAUGAAAGUUCUCAUUCAAUGGCUUGAGGACUGGAAACCAGAGGAGCCAGUAGAAGAAACCAAGGCUCCCGUUGAGGAAACCACCACUCAGGAGCAAGAGAGUGACUCUGCCCCCGCAACAUCCACCCCUGCUACAACAGAGAACGGCGUCACGGAUAACGGGAUAACGGAGAACGGGGUUGCAGAGAACGGUGUCACAGACAAUGGCGACGCGAAUGCCGCAUUGUCCGACGAUUUGCGGAAGACGGUGAGCAUCUUGGAAGAAAGAGUGGGCUCGAUCGAGAACACCCUGAAGCAACAGCUGGAUUCCAAGACAACCGUCAUGAAGCCGGACAUCCUGUCGCACAUAGAGAACGGCGACUCGCAAGUCGAGUCGGAUAGCGAUGUGUAGAGGCAAAAAUACACACACAGUUCGAGUAGGUGAAGGUGAUCACUGUAAAGCAAUCUGCGGGCUCUUAAGAGCACGAGGGUUGUGCAAAUUGGUUAGGAUCGAGUGCGCGGAUGUGCGGCUCGUGAGCAUGUAGGCGGAUUGCAUUGGAUCAAUUCCGCCCGGCAAGUACGACGAUGACGAGAAUCAAGUAGGUCAGUGUUGGUAUUGAACAUGAUGCAGUGUGCUCCCGGAAUCCCAACAAUAACACCGCAACUGGUGUUGGGCAGCUCAUGGGUCUGAGCAGCAGAUUGUAUCGCCGCUUUACAAUUUCUCAUGUAUAGAUCGAUCGAUGCCUCCGAGUUGGCGUCGAGGAUCGCGGUGAAUCCCAAACGGUAUCACGGCGUCGCACCGACGAUGCCCAUUCCUUAAUAUCAUUCCCACCCCAUUCCUCCGAAGGGAGCGGAUGAACGAUUAAGUUUUCACUGAAUGAAUUCGACGACGAAAAAGGAAAAGAUUCGUUGGGCUGGUCCA